AAUUCUGCAGGAAGCAGAAGAACAUACCAGGAAACAAAAGCCUGUCUGUGACCCCACUAAAACUGAGAAAUCCCUUGAUUCUGGUCAUGAGGAGUCGGAUAUCUUGUCAACUCAGGAAGAGAUGUUUCCUGAGAAUAAUGCAACAGGGAGUGGCUGUCCAAUAACCAGGGUGGAAGAGGGAAGUUCUCUGGCGUGCACCCCUGCCCGCAGUCUGCAACUCCUGCAGCUCUCUGGACAGGGAGAGUCUGUACAGGAGAGUCAUUCCACUGUCUCUUCAGGCCUAGUUAUUCCUUCUCCUGAUGCCUUUGGAUCCAAUGCUCUUGUCCCCAGCAGUCCUACUGAACAGGAGCAAGCAAAAGAUGAACAGAUGGAUAUAUCUAUCCCUGCAGAAGGAAGAGAGCUGAUGCAGAAGCAGAGAGGAGAUAAGCUAGUGGAGAUGGCUAUCCCAUGCAUCCCACCAGGACCUCUUGUCCCGCCACAGGCUUCGACUCCAGUGUCCCAGAGCACCCCCACCUUCUUUCCUGGAUCUUUAUCUAUACCAUCACAACCAGAGUUCUCUCAUGAUAUCUUUGUUCCAACUCAGACCCCAGAGAAGAAGCAUGAAGGAGAAGAAAAAGCUGCUGCUUUAACCCAUUUAUCCUUACCAGGAGAUCUCUCUGGACCCACAGAUGCUUUGUCAAAGAUGUCUACAGGUGACUCUGUGUCACAGGCUUCUGAGUCCUGUAAGCUGAUGCUUUCUGCAAGUGAAUGUAGCCAGCCCACAAAUACAGAGGUCAGUUCAGGCUCUCUGAACAUGGGCCAAGAUAGUGAAAUCACACAGGUAGAGAUGAUUUCUGAAUGCAAGGCCUCAGACUUGAGACUCUGUUCUGUGGACAAUGACAACAUAAAACUGAGGCUGGAUGCAGGUGAUCAAGCCCUCUCUGAAAACUGUGAAAAAGCAAAAAAGGAUGAUUUGCAGGCUGCAGGAAAGCCUGUAAUGCAGGUAGUUAGUGCAGAUGUAGCAGGAGAUGGGUCAUUAGCCCCUACAGCUCAUCAGGAGACUGAGCGUAUGUCUGGAAGUCAGGCUGCUGCAGAUCAGUCUGGUCUGCCUGAGAUUUUGUCAUACACUCAGGGUGGAGAAGCACAGUCUGAGGAUUAUCCAUCGGAAGAGACUUCUGAAACUGAGGCAGUUCCUGAGACUCAGUGUGAAGAACAAGAAGAAAAACUGCAAGUAAAAGAGAAGCAAAUAAAUGAAGAUGGGUCCCUUGUUAAUGUAAUGCUUUCUCAGAGGUUUAUUCUUGAAAGGGAAGUGCAGUGUCAUGAAGAUAUGGAAGUGGAAUUUGCUGAUGGUUCUUGUAAAAAUAGCAAAAAUUCAUCUGAUCAGGCCCAAGAACUAGAAGAGAUUGGUCCAGAAAGCCAGGAAAAAGAAACUUCAAAAAGUUGUACUUUUGGCACUGGAGAGGCAAAGAGCAUGGAUAAACUGUCCUUUAAGGCUGCUUCGGAAGACAUGCCAAAGCUUAAUAAAGUUUUGUCUAAGCCUUCUGUAGGGGAGUUACUGGAACAGCACAACAAUUUGUUUCUUAAGUGUGACGUUCCAUCGGAAGUGGCGUUGUGUACCAAAAAACAUCCGGGUUGUUCAGAAUUAGGACACAUAAUGAUAAUAGGGAGUCAGCCACCACUUCAAGAGAGAGGGGUUGACACGCUGGUGACUCAGCAGGAGAAUCAGGUGCCAAAGAAUAUGGAGGAUACCGUUACGACAAGGAAUCUGGAGCAAGAAGAGGAGAUGCAGCCACAGGAGAAGGCAACUGCUAAAUCCCCCAGUCCUUCCAGUGGAACACCAUUUCAUUUUACUUUGCCGAAGGAGGGUGAUGUCAUUCAGCCCUUGACCAGCAUAACGCCACCUCUUGUUGGCCAGCUUAAAAUGGGACCCAGAAGGCACAGCACACCAAUUGAGCCUACAGGCAGUGACAGGAAAGAUGGAUCCUCUGCCGCUGCUGGAGCUGCUGCCAGCUCCCAGAAAGCAUCAUCUGUGUUUAGUCGUGUCUGUGAAGUUCGUCGAGAGGAUGAGGCCAGAGGUCAUGGUCUUUCCACUUCUCCGUUUAGGGGGAAUCUUUUCAGUUUUCCUGGCACGCAAGACGACGUUGAAUUAGAUAAAAAUCCCGGUCAUUGGCAGUACCAGCAACACAAGGCAGAUGACAGUGGCGGACAGGUCCUAAUUCCUCAGAGGAUGCAGCAGGACUGCCAUCAACAACCUUCUGGUGCAGAGGAUGGGGAGUCUGUGGAGACUGGUACUGUAAGCACUCAGACAGAAGAAGGGAGAAGAAUGCAGAAGAAACCAAGUAAGGCUGUUAAAAUUGAUGAAAGCCGAGAGAGGUGGGCAAACACCAAGAAUAAAGGGACUCAAACUACAGCAGACUGUCUUUUUACCCCAACAACUGUUACAACAGCAACACAAACGUCAGAAGAAACCUGUAGGCAGGUGGAGGUGGGAACCAGUAUGUCUGGGCAAAGACCUGGGCGACAAGAUGCAAACGUCCAAACUGAGGAGAGUGGGGAAAAGCUUGUGAACGCCUCUGGAGAGGACACGGACUCUCUGCACAGUCAGGGAGAGGAGGAGUUCAACCUUCUUCACCCACCCAAAGGCCGAGUUCAGCAUCGCCACAUGCGAACUAUUCGAGAAGUGCGCACUGUUGUUACGCGUGUCAUAACAGAUGUUUAUUACGUAAAUGAUGCAGAGGUGGAACGAAAGGUAGUUGAGGAAACUGAGGAGCCUGUAGUGGAGUGCCAGGAGUGCGAGACUGACACAUCCUCCUCUAGAACUGCAGCGGGCUCAUCACUGACCUCGGGGGACCUCGGUGAUGUCAGCUCCUUCUCAUCUAAGGCCUCAAGCCUCCACCGUACAUCCAGCGGAGCAAGCAGUGGUCACUCUGCCACACACAGCAGCAGCAGCAGCUCAGGGCGAGGAACCGGAGCUGUCAAAGGGAAAGCAUGUGGGACAGAAACCGGAGAGUUUGCUUUACCCAUUGGCAGAGGCGUCUUAGGAAAAUUAAGCCCUAGGAAAGGAUCUGGUCAGCCAGCAUCUCCACUCAGAGUUAGCCAGACAGGAGCACUGCCUUGUGAGGAAGAGGAGGACUCUAUGCCUGGCACUCGUCAGGGUGGCAGAGCACCUGUGACACCUCGUGGGCGAGGAAGAAGAGGUCGCCCACCAUCUCGAACAACAGGAACAAGAGAUUUAGCUGGACUGCCAGGUGUGGAGGAUCUCUCAACUACAGCAUCACCUGAGGAGAAAUCAUUUGCUCGUUCAGUUCGCCUGCCAGAGGGAGGGGAGAAAUCUGACACUUCUGGCUUCUGUGCCUUACGUCGAAGUGACUCUCCAGAAAUCCCAUUACAAGUGGUGACUGGUCCUUCGGACUGUGCAGACUCAUCCUCUGGGAACAGCUUUGUGGGCCUCAGGGUUGUAGCAAAGUGGUCCUCAAAUGGGUACUUCUAUUCCGGGAUGAUUACCCAAGAUGUUGGAGCAGGAAAGUACAAGCUGCUCUUUGAUGAUGGAUAUGAAUGUGAUGUGCUAGGAAAAGAUAUUUUACUCUGUGAUCCUAUCCCGCUGGAGACUGAGGUGACCGCACUCUCAGAAGAUGAGUACUUCAGUGCAGGUGUGGUGAAGGGACACCGGAAGGAGUCUGGAGAGCUAUACUAUUGCAUUGAAAAGGAAGGCCAGAGGAAAUGGUACAAACGAAUGGCUGUUAUCCUGUCCCUGGAACAAGGAAAUAAGCUCCGGGAGCAGUUUGGGCUAGGUCCUUAUGAACCUGUCACCCCCCUGACCAAAGCAGCUGACAUCAGUCUUGAUAAUCUUGUGGAGGGGAAGCGGAAACGACGUAGUAACCUUGGUUCUCCCAGCACUUCCAGCAGCAGCACAACUCCCACUCGUAAAGGGCAGGAGAGUCCACGCAUCCCACCAGGCACACUGUCUGGGAAAAGGAAACUUGUUGCUUCUGAAGAUGAGAGAUCCCCAGCUAAACGUGGCCGCAAGUCAGCAAUGAUAAAACCUGGGGCUGUGAGAGCCGGAGAGUUUGUAAGCACCUGUGAAGGUGUAGAUGCUGUAGAUCCCCCGGUACUGGAAGACCAUCACGGACCCUUCCCCCAAAAUAAGACCCUCUUUUUGGGCUAUGCCUUUCUCCUCACCAUGGCAACACCCAGUGACAAAUUGGUCAAUCACCAGAAGCCAUCAGAUGGUCCCACAGGGAGCAGUGAGGAGGAAGAAGAAUUUUUAGAGAUGACUCCGUAUGACAAACAUUACAUAGCACAGCAGCUGCGAGCAGGAGCUGGCUAUAUCCUGGAAGACUUCAAUGAAACCCAGUGUAAUGCAGCAUAUCAGUGUCUUUUAAUUGCGGACCAGCAUUGUCGAACUCGGAAAUACUUGCUGUGCCUUGCCAGAGGGAUCCCUUGUGUGUCUCAUAUCUGGGUCCAUGAUAGCUGUCAUGCUAACCAGCUUCAAAAUUAUCGGAAUUACCUUUUGCCAGCUGGUUAUAGCCUCCAGGAGCAAAAAUUGCUAGAAUGGCACCCACGAGAAAACCCAUUCCAUAACCUGAAGGUUCUCCUGGUGUCAGACCAGCAGCAGAACUUCCUGGAUCUGUGGUCUGAAAUCCUCAUGACAGGGGGAGCAGCAUCUGUUAAACAGCAUUACUCAAAUGCUCACAACAAAGAUAUUGCUUUGGGUGUUUAUGAUGUGGUGGUGACUGAUUUCUCCUGCCCAGCUGGUGUCUUGAAGUGUGCAGAAGCUUUACGGCUGCCUGUUGUCUCGCAAGAGUGGGUGAUCCAGAGCCUUAUUGCUGGGGAGAGAGUAGGCUACAACAAGCAUCCAAAAUAUAAACAUGACUAUGUCCCCCACUAAACUAAAACUUUGCCCUGCUGUCCCACUGUUGUGCAGACUGUGUUUUAAUCAGGUUUUAAAUGUUUGUGUAAUUGGACAGUGUGCAUGGAAUACUGUAUAUAGUUUUAUCUGCUGGACUUUUAUGAUGAAAUAAAUGUUCAAUCUCUUGUGCUA